GAAUCGCCCGGAUCCUCGCCUCAGAGGUAGCUGGAGACGUGGCGAGGCUUUGGGCGAACUGGACCGAUUUCGACUGUAGCCAUCUCUUGGCGCGCUCCGCCUUCGCCAAGUCCGGGAACAGGGCGGGACCGGGACCGGAUGCCGUUACUGCGCGCCUCUGCAGCACUCCCGGACGCUUGGUUUUGGAAGCGAGCUGGAGGAGAAGGCGGGAGCCGCGCGGCGCGAGCCAUGGCUGAGGGGCAGCAGGUUGUCCCCGCCGCAGACGCCUGGGAAAUCGACGUGGAGAGCCUGGAGGAACUGGACGAGCUCGAGAGGCCGUUGCCCACGCAACGCGCGCCCCGACUACAGGCUGGCGGAGACGGCGAGGAGGAAGACGACGAAGAGGACGAGGAGUGUGAAGAGGAUGAAGCCGACACCGGGACAGCGGCCGAGGUUCUCCGGCAGCCUGCGCUGCCGCAGCCGCAGCUUGUCUCGCCGGCGGCGGCGGCGGAGGAGAGAGGCGUAGGGGCCGGGGAGCAGCCGAUCCGCAAGCUUAGCCGCACGCCCAAAUGCGCGCGCUGCCGCAACCACGGCGUGGUGUCCUGCCUGAAAGGCCACAAGCGCUUCUGCCGCUGGCGGGACUGCCAGUGUGCCAACUGCCUGCUGGUGGUGGAGCGGCAGCGCGUCAUGGCUGCCCAGGUGGCGCUUCGCAGGCAGCAGGCCACCGAGGAUAAGAAGGGGCAUACAGGGAAACAGGCUAACUUUGAGCGCAGAACAGUGUACCAGAGACAUGUUCGGACGCCUAGUUUGCUGGCUAAAAGCAUUUUAGAAGUACUCCUUGGAUUUUUUCUUUACCAUCUCUGUGUACAUAGUGGUUCAUCUUUAGAGAAUAGAAAUGCACCAGUUGUAGGUUAUCGUCCCAUUCCAGCAGAACCUUACCUGGGAGGGAAUUCAUCCUUGCCACCUCCUGUUAGCGACAGAAUGAGAAAAAGACGGGCUUUUGCUGACAAAGAACUUGAGAACAUAAUGCUUGAACGGGAGUAUAAGGAACGAGAAAUGAUGGAAGCCACCCAGGCUGCUGCUUUCUUCCUGCCAAACCGCAUGAUGCAUGGGACUGAGUACAAUUCUUAUAAAACUUUUAACCCUCAUCAACUUGAAGCUUCCAGUAAGGAGUUUUGUGGCUUUCUGCCUACAUGCUUAGAUCUAACUAUGCAGUAUUCAGGUUCAGGGAACAUGGAACUGAUUUCAUCAAAUCUGAGUGUGGCCACCACUUACAGGCAGUAUCCUCUGCCCUCCAGAUUCUUGGUAUGGCCAAAGUGUGGCCCUCUCAGUGAUGCCCUUCUCUAUCAGCAGUGCCUUCUAAAUGCUACCGCAGUCCAAUCUUUCAAACCUGGAGUGGUCUGGGACGAUAAGGCUUCACAUGGCCAGGAUUUUACCACCUCUGAACAUGACAUCACGUCAAAAAAUGAGAAUGCGUUCCACCAUCCUCAUGUUCGGGAACUUGAGACGCCUCAAAAUGAACUCCAAAACAUCCCUCAGGAGGCUCAUGAGAGGUCAGCAUUUUCAUCCCCUAGGAGAACUUUCUCACAGAUCUCUGGCAAGGAUCCUAUAGUUUCUCAGGACCAGUCCCUCAACAAGAUCAGCAAAGAUAGCUCCAAGCAGCAACUGCUACUGCCACCCUCAUCCAAUUAUAGUCCAUUCCAUUCAUUAUUCCAACAAACACUUCAUAGCAAAUCAGGAUCAGAGUUAAAAACCACUUUUGAUGAGACAUCCAGAAAGUAUAGAGAAUGUACCUUCAGAGAAAACCAAAAGUACAAAUUUAGCAUUGACAGAUACGCAAAAGACUUUCUGGGGACUAAACAAGUUAUAACAAAAUUAUCAACAAAUGAACCGUUACCAUUUUCUGUUGAAUCAAUUCUUAAAUGACCAUCUUCAAUGGUCACCAAUGUUUCUCAGUAGGCUGACAAUGUGAUCUUCAAAAGACUUAAAGAAAUGUAUUGGCACUUAGAAUUGAACUCAACCAUAUGUGCCAAGAAGUAAGUCCCUUUGAAUUCAUUAGAGCUUGUUUCUGCUAGGCAUUUUGUCCAAAAUACACUUGGAAGAAAUGCUUUAGAUUUUGUUGAAAAUGACUUCCGAUAAACAGUCUUUGAGCCUCAAGACAUCACUGAUAUCAGUUGACUUCAGAGUGGGUCAUUAAGUGGGUGGGUAAUUAAUAUUAAGCACAGUUGCCCUUUCUUGGGAAUUGACUAUUCCGCAACUUUAACAAUUACUGAUAUGCUGCCUGACAAGCUCAUGUUCACUGCCUUAUGCCAGCAUAAUUUUGGAAAAAAGAAUUUCAGAUGUAAAGGGGAAUUUUAAAAUGUACAUAAUAUGCAUGAUUUUAUAUGAAAAUAAACUAUUUAAAUGUUUUGCGAAUUAAAA